AUGAGUAGGGAUAUCGUUAUUUCAAAGGCAUUGUCAUGGCUAUUACGUCAUGGGGCACAAUCAGAGAAGCUAACUAUUGAUAAAGAUGGGUUUGUCCCCUUAGAAGAAGUGCUCAACCACAGACGAAUUAAGGGUACCCGGGCGUCCUUCGAAGACGUCCAAAGAAUAGUGGAUAACAACGAUAAGAAGAGAUUUACUUUACAGAAAAGAGACGAUAGGUGGUUCAUUUGCGCCAAUCAAGGGCAUUCAAUUGCGAAUGUCAACGGUCAUGAUUUAAAACUUCUCUCUACUAGGGAAGAUCUACCUAAAGAAAUAAUUCAUGGAACUUACCUAAGCAAGAUUCCUCAAAUCAUUGCAUCUGGAGGUUUAUCCAAAAUGACCAGAAAUCAUGUUCAUUUUGCUUCAGGGCUGCCCAAAGUCGACUCUGACGUAAUUUCUGGAAUGAGAAAUGGAUGCAGUGCACUGAUCUACUUGGAUAUUGACAAAAUUUUGGGGCAGCAAGAGAUCAAAUUUUACAUCAGUAAAAACAAAGUCAUAUUAUCUCCAGGGAACAAGGACGGCAUUGUGCCAACAUCCUUAUUCCUCAAAGUAGUGAAACGUAGUGACAACUCACCUAUCGCGAUAUGA